GCGGGGAAGUUGUGGGACCGACUGGUUACAGAUAGAAUAUUCCGGACUUGUGUGAAUUAUGCGCGAUUGAUCGCGAUACAGGAGACAUUCGAUUGCUACGACAGUUAGAUCGCGUCGAUUUUGCGACUCGCGAUACGUCGGAAAUUAUCCUCGCGAAUGCUUUUAUAUGCAAGGUCGCCAUUUUGGUGAUACACCGACUCGACGAUUCGAGCGGAGUCUAGCCCUUAUGAUCUUUUUAUCCUCUUUCGCACGACCCAUUCAUCUUAUCAUUCUCAGCCGAUCGACGCCCCAAUAACGUCGGAGAUGACACAGCAAAACAAAACGAUGAAUUUCCUAAUACACGACACCAAUGGACAUCCACAAGUGAUAAAAGUAGUGCAAAGUACACCUAAUAAAGCAUUAAGUGGUAUUGUUAGCACAACAAAUGCAGGUGGCCUUAAAGUGUUUAAAGCUCCUAAUCAAGAAUCACAGGUUUUAUCAUCAAAUACACAAGUUCUUAGGACUAUUAGCUUGCAGAAUCCAUCUACACCUGGUCAGAGACUGGUAACAAUACCUUUGCAAAAUACUAAAAUGGCAACAUCAAAAGGAGGGGACUCUAUGAUGACCAAAACUAUACAAUUAACCUCUGCACAAAUGAGUGAUAUAAAACAAGCUAUUGCUUCUCAACAACAACAACAGCAGCAGCAGCAGCAGCAACAACAGCAGUCUAAUACUUCGCAACUUAUUAAGGAUGCUGCUGGAAAAACUUUUAUUAGUCCGAUAUUAGAUCAUAGUGGAUCUAGAAAAAGGCAGGAUAUGGAUAGUGGCGAUUUUGUGCCCGAUAAACGGAGAAAAGCAGAAAAGGUCGGGAAAGGAUUGAGACAUUUCUCGAUGAAAGUCUGUGAGAAAGUGAAAAAGAAAGGCACUACUUCUUAUAACGAAGUUGCAGAUGAAUUGGUUGGCGAAUUCACCAAUCCUGCUCAUAUAAAUUCUUUGACAGAUCAGCAAUACGAUCAGAAAAAUAUAAGAAGACGUGUAUACGACGCUUUAAACGUAUUAAUGGCAAUGAAUAUCAUUUCCAAAGAGAAAAAAGAAAUUAGGUGGCUCGGCCUACCCACUAAUUCAUUACAAGAGUGUGUAGCAUUAGAGAAAGAUAAGAAGAAGAAGAUUGAGAGAAUUAAAGCUAAAACACAGCAAUUGCACCAGUUGAUUCUCUCUCACAUUUCUUUCAAAAACUUGGUUGAACGUAAUCGUUUAAAUGAGAGUCUUCGCGGGCCACCGAAACCUAAUUCUGCCAUACAGCUACCAUUCCUCAUUGUGAAUACUAGUAAAAAGACUGUCAUAGAUUGCAGCAUUUCAAAUGAUAAAACCGAGUACCUGUUUAAUUUUAAUGAUAAGUUUGAAAUUCAUGACGACAUUGAAGUUUUAAAGCAGAUGGGUCUAGCUUUCGGACUAGAAAAAGGAGAAUGCACUGAAGAAAAUUGGCAAAAAGCGAAAUUUAUGGUUCCGAAGUCACUUGAAAAAUAUAUAGAACAGUUAGCAUCAGGGGAUUUAGAAAAGUUUAUUCCAGUAACUAUUCCUGGUCCAAGUACAUCAAUGGAAGAUUUAGAUACAAAAUUAGAAGGGUCUCGGCCACCCUCGUCGUCACAUACUUCAUUAUCGGAAGAUCCUCUAUCACCACCUUCGCAGUUCUAUUCAGAAGAAGAGGAUGACGAGGAAGAAAGCGAUCAGGAUGAUCAGGCUGACAGUGAUCUCGAAGUUAACUAGCACCCCGAAUAACUUCAAAGGCUAGACUCAGGGAUACUCUCCACUAUCAUCAGCGAUAUACCAACAUUAAUAAUAUCGUCGUUGUUGCCAAUAUCGUCUUCACCCCGGUCGCCAGUUUUUAACAUAUAUCAAACAAGGAUAAGAAUGAUAAUUAUCGCGAGUGGAAUCUAUUGAAGCAAAUGAGAUUGGUCAAAGGAGAAAUAUGUAAAUUGGGGCCAAGGAGAAAACGUAGUAAUUGGACUGAUUGAAUUGGCAAAUUCAAGUGGCUCUUUUUUGUAUCAAGUAAUGAAAUACGAUGCACGUGCAUACAAAGAGAUUGGAAUAAACACAUGAAUGACUGAAUGGGGUGCUAUACUUUAGUUGUGCAUCAUCAUACAAGUUUAUAUGACUAGCGUCUAUGUAUUAUAAAUUAUAAUCUUACAGUAUCAUAUAUUAUGUGUACGAGAUAUAUUGACCAGUACUCAUUUUCUUAUGGCACGUUUAUAACAAUUGUCUGUGGUAAGCAGUAAAAUGACGUAUGAUAGAGGCAGGCGCACAUUUGACUCGAAUUAAAAAUACAAAUAAAUUGUAAUAAUGUUAUAAUAUGACGUUUGUAGUUUGUGGUUAGUCUUUUAAGGAAAGAGAAUAUGUAUUGAAUAAUGACACUAUGCAAGGGUUUGCAGUAAUUUUUUUUACAGCAAACUUAAAGAAAUGAAACAUUUUUAAUAUCUAUUCUAUGUAUAAACAUAUGAUACAUUUAAUGGCUGCGUUCAACAGAAAGAACUUUGGAAUGGUUGCAUAAUUGUUUUAUCUCAAAUGCUGUAUUUCUUUUUUCAGUAUAUUGAAAAUAUACUGCAUUGAUGUUAACAAUAAUUGAUAACAAUUGUUAUUUUCGAUAUUUAUAAAGUAUCUAAAAUAAUAGUAUAAUGAUAUUGAUUGUGAUAGCAUUAAGCUUUAAAAAAGUAAACAGCGAGAGCAUGACAAAAACAGUGUUCAUUAUUUUAUCAGUACAAAUUAUAAAACAUUGUUUUCUGCUGAACGUAACUGAUAACAUAUGGUGUCCACUGAUUCUAUACUGUACCCAUGUUUUUGCAUGGAUUUGCAAGAGAACAAAAAAUUGUUUGCUUCAAUACUAAGUUAAUUGCAAUCUGUACAAAAA